UUUUUUUAUAAAUAAGAUCGUUCAACUAUCAUGGAGUCGUCCUGCAAGAAAAACAAACCGCCGUCUUCCGGAUCACUCGUAACCAUCCUCAGCCUCGACGGCGGUGGAGUCAGAGGAAUUAUGGGCGGAGUGAUCCUUGCGUAUCUAGAAGAGCAGCUUCAGGCCCUCGAUGGAGAAGACAUGAGGCUAGCAGAUUACUUCGACGUGGUAGCCGGAACUAGCACAGGUGGCCUCAUGACGGCCAUGUUAACUGUACCAGACGAGACCGGACGUCCUCAUUUCUCGGCCAAAGACAUUGUUCCGUUUUAUCUUCAACAUUCUCCCAAAAUAUUUCCACAGCCCGGAGGAUUGACUACUCUGUUACCUAAGCUUCCAAAGCUUUUGUCUGGUCCAAAGUACGAUGGAGUGUAUCUACGGAAUCUGCUAAAUAAUCUUCUCGGAGAGACGAGACUUCACCAGACAGUCACAAACGUUGUCAUACCCACCUUCGACAUGAAGAAACUACAACCCACCAUCUUCUCCUCUUACCAGGCAUUGGUUGACCCUAGCUUGGAUGUCAAGAUAUCAGACAUAUGCAUUGGAACAUCGGCUGCUCCUACUUACUUUCCUCCUCAUUACUUUCAAAAUGAAGAUAUUCAAGGCAAGACGUCUGAGUUUCACCUAGUUGAUGGCGGUGUUACUGCUAAUAACCCGACUCUGCUGGCCAUGACAGCUGUCACUAAGCAGAUUGUGAAUGAUAAUCCUGACAUGGGUGAGCUCAAGCCGUUAGGUUACAACAAGUUUCUCGUUGUGUCGAUAGGAACAGGGUCUGCACAAAAGGAGAAGAAGUAUAGCGCAAGAAAGGCUGCAAAAUGGGGAAUCAUAUCUUGGUUAUAUGACAACGGAUCUACUCCUAUAUUAGACAUUACCAUGGAAUCAAGCCGAGACAUAGUUGAUUUCCACAGUUCUGUUGUGUUCAAAGCCCGACAAUCCGAAGACAAGUAUCUCAGAAUCGAUGAUGAUACAUUGAAAGGAGAUGCAAGCUCUAUGGACUUAGCAACAAAAUCCAAUUUAGAGAAUCUUGUGAUAAUUGGAGAGAAGAUGCUGAAAAACAGAGUUGUGCAGAUGAACAUCGACACUGGUGUAUAUGAACCUGUUCCUGGAAACGUUACCAAUGAUCAAGAACUCAAGAGGUUUGCGAAAAUUCUCUCGGAUGAAAGGAAAUUAAGGAUGCAAACCGAGGCAAUGCAUAAAGUUUCAUCAAGUUGAAUGCAGCUUGAUGAUCGCUCGUGCUUUUGUUGUGUUUAGUUACAUUAAAUAAAAAUACUAGCUACUAGUAGUACGAAUAAUUUGCUUUACAAAUAAUAGUAAAAAUAAGAUUAAUAGUAGUAAUUAGAAUAGGUUUACUGUAGAAGACAACUUUGAUGAUCCUUUGCUCAUGUGUUCAACAAAUACCAAAAUGGACAACUCUAUGA